UUAAACUGCUAUCUAAAAAGUGUGUGAACGGACUGCUUUUUGAUAGUGGGUAAACAUCCAUAAAACUAGUUUUUCAUAGUCUACACCUAGCAACUGAAGUACUAUAUGUCUGACACAUGGAUUUUGUUGAGGCAUGGCUUUAUAUGCUAAAGAAAUAAGCAGAAGAAACUUCACUGCACUUGCUUACUUCUUUAGUAAUCCUGCUUUCCAGAUGAACUGGCACAGAAAUGAAUUGGUGCAGGAAGUCAUGUAAGGCAAACAGCAGCAGCUCAGACAUCCAAUGCCUCAGGAUCGUGGGCCUUAGUACAGGCCACUGCAGUUUGGUGGCAAAUUGGCAAUGGGUGACCAGGCCAUUGUAAGCAGGCAAGACUCAGGAAUUGCACAGACAUCACCAGAUGUGCUGUACUACCAUCAGGGAGGAGUAUCGCUAGGUCUGACGCACACUGCCUACAGUGUUCUUGGAAUGGGCAUUCAACCAGAUCAUGUGUCCAAUGAUUCAAUGUCUACUCUUUACCCUGUUGAAAACAGAAAGACUACCAGCCUUGCUACAGUUAAAGAGGUGGGGAAUGUAUGUGGAAGAACUUACAGCUGGGACCAAACUCCAUCAAUAGUUGGAAACUGCACCAAUGGCAGCUCAAGCCCUGUGCAUUCUAAAGAAGAUACAAAGUCAGUGCCCGCCCAGAAUGGUACAUUUGAAAUGAAUGGAGAACAUAAUUAUGAGCAGCACUUUGUUAACACUUUAGAAAAAGGACUGCCCCUGCAAAAACUAGACUCUUUCUCUGAGGCAUUUGCCACCAGACGGUUCAUAUCAUUGCCAAGCCGUUUGAAUGUGCCCACAGGAACUAGUGAUAGUGAAGUUUCUGUAGAGAAUCAGAACUGCUCUACUUCAGUCCCAAAGAAAACCCAUCCCAGAGCUCAACAACAGUCAGAAUACUCAAGCACACAACACCAGGCACCAUCAAUACAAUAUCCUUACCAAAGGACGAGCCAGUUCUUACAGGCAUCUCAUGUUCUACAGCAACAGAUGAGACCACAGUUUCAUGCAGGUCUGCAGACAAUGGGUCAUUACCAGAUGCAGCAGGACCAACUGCAAUAUCAGUCUUCUACAGAGCAAAAAUUCCAGCCAGGAACGCAAUUUGAGUGGCCACAUUUGUGCAGUCGAACACCAUCUCCAACCAUAUAUGGCACACAUGUGCAGAGCCAUGCAGCAAGUGUAUCUCCACAAGCACACUUGCAAGGAAUGGAGAAUGUCCCUCGGACGGUGUACCUGCAGACUCAUGGAAAAUCUGGCUUGAGCUUCUAUCUGCAGUCCAAUGCAACUAGCUCAGGAAGUCCCUUCACAGAUGAAACCAAUUUUAACCAACAUCACAUCAAUAUAAGGCAGCCAGAGGAGUACAAGAAUGCAGAUCAACAUGCUCUUCAUACAAACUGCAAUCGUCCCUCUGUCCAGUAUUCUGAGGCCUUUAGUGGAGAUCAAGAAUCCUCAUUCAAAUGUGAAGAAGAGCCCCAGCCCUGUGAUCUCCAUAAUGAUUGUGCUGAUUUUUGUGACCCCUGCUCAGAUCCCCAUGACUCUUUAUUACCACUUAAUAUCAAGACAAGUGAAGAACAGUGCAGCCAGGAUCUGUGCUGGCAAGAGGCAGUUGGCAGUAAAAGUGGCAUUGUCUCCUAUGUCCGUCAAAAUGCCUUCAGCACAAUCACUGAGCCUUUUGUGUUUCCCACGGGCAGACCAGGGGUAGAGGGCGAGAGCAGUUACCAGAGUUUUGAAUUCAGCCAAGAAAUUCCUGAACUGGAUUAUAAGCAGGACCUGGAGGGUCCAGCUGCCCCAAUUUACAAUGGAAUUCCUUUUAAAAGCCUUCUGCGUUUCAUGAAAUGUGCUGGAAAGCCUGAAACUCUGGAAGAGCAUUUUCCUCCAGGGAUGUUUCACUACACUCCACCACCAAUGCUAAACCCUCUGCGCAAAGGAACAGGGCUGUUUGUUAAUAUCAACAUCUGUGAAGUCGGAAUGCAAGGUUUUGUUGGAACCCAGGACUACUUACUCACAGAACUCUGUCAACAAAGUGCAACUUAUUUAUCCUCUCCUCAGAUAAACAUUGGCCCUGAGUACCAAGCCUUUAUCCCUGACCUGGAGGACCACGACCAUGCAAAGCAUGAACCUGAAUGUGCUGACCUGGUGUGGCAGCCAUGGGCAGAUCUACAGGACAACACUGACACACAACAGCAAGUGGAGAACCUCCUGGACCUAGCUAGCUGCAGUGCUGUUCCUGGAGGUGGAACCAACCAAGAAUUGGCUCUGCAUUGUCUGUUUAAGGCCCAUGGAAAUGUGCUGGGUGCUUUGGAAAUGUUGCUUUUUGGCUCACCUUAUAAAGAUGAAACACACAAAAUGUCUGGUUACCACUACACUGGUAGUGAUGUUUGGACAGCAAAUGAACGGAAGCUCUUCAACAAAGCCUAUGCAUUGCAUAAGAAGAACUUUUGCAUGAUUCAAAAAACUGUGAAGACAAAGCGUGUAUCUCAGUGUGUGGAGUUUUAUUAUCUUUCCAAGAAGAUUUUACAGCAGCAGAAAAAGCAACGUGCUGCCUUAGAGAGAGAGAUGGAGAGAACAGGACAUGGCCUAAAGCAGGACAUACCCUACAGUCCGGUCUUAUCCUGCUCUCAGAAAACCGAUUCUCAGCCUGCAGUGGAAGGAGUGCCUGCCAGUCCAUCUGUGACGGGCAGUUUUCCCUGUAAACAGUGUGGAAAAAUGUUUUACAAAAUAAAGAGUCGCAAUGCCCACAUGAAGAUUCACAGGCAGCAAGAAGAGUGGCGAGACAGGAGCUCUGACCUUGGAAAUCCGCCUAUCACCACAAUACCAAAUGUCGAGGCUUUUCUGAGCAGGCAAGGGGCCCCAAUGACCCUUUAUGCAACCCACUGGGACAAUCGGAACUUUCUGGACCAAAGUGACCUACUGUCUGACAUAAUGACCACCACCACAAAUUUACCAUCAUCUUUCUACCCAACUGACAACAACAAACUAGGCUUCAAUAAAGGGAAGUGCGCCAAUGCAUAUCUUUAACAAACAAAACAAGCAUGGCAAUACCACAAAUGGGAGGUGUAACUGCACUGGAAGGUGGCAUCAGAGAUUUUACAUUUUUUAUUUGACUGCAUAACAAAUAUAUGAUACAUAUAGCCAUUUCAUUUAGAAGAAUGAACCAUUCACAAUCCAUAAUAGCAUAUUCGCCGGGGACAGUUUCAAGGCGCUCAAAUUCAAUCGUAAAGAUGGUGUGCUGUUUAAAGUCUCUGGGUUCAACAAUAGCAGCCUCCUUUUGUGUUAGGUGCACAAGAGGCAUCUCUAGCAUAUUAAAAUCUUGUUUCAUGAACCCGUUUUCAUAGCAAAGGUAAGUAUUAUAAACUUGCUUUGUUAUACAGGUUGGUUAAAAAAAAUAAAUAAAUAAAAAAUUCAGCUAAUCAUUAGGCUUACCCUGGAGCAUACAGAUUGCCAGUAAUGCAUGAUGAACAUCUGCUUCUAUUACCCGAAGUUUGUGCAAUGGACAUCUACAGCUACUACUUUAAAACCAAACUGUGCAACUUCAAUAUGUGGAUUCCUGUAUAGAACUUAAUGACUUUUACAAAACUUUACUGCAAAUUCUCCAUGACAGAAGUUCAAAUGCCAGAGUUGGGCACAGUGUGAGUGCCCAUUUUUCGAUUCUAUGGGAAUUCAAAGAUUUCUUGCAAACUGUACCUUACAGCUUUGGCGGCCGGGAGUCCCCUGUAUCAUUAAGUCGUCCGCCUCGCAGAAAUUUGGGUGAGCACACAGAGGUUUAUAUUUUUAAUAAGAAACAGUCCAGAUCCAUAACUCUCUCCAUAAAAACAUUUGCACUUUUAUUUUUAUAUGCAAAAUAUCUUCUAUUUUGUACAUUUAACUGCUUAAGGACAUUUUUGUUAAUUUUAUUUAUAAUUUUUAUGCAGCUAUUUCAGUGUGCAGUGUAGCAUUUUACCUUUGGUUUUCAUUGGCUUUUGCUCCAGGAAGCCCACUCGAUAGAAGUCCAAUUGCUGAAGUCAUGUGGCCUCUGGAACACAAGGAUCAUCAUUAGAUAUAACAAAACCGAUGGCACAUAAUGCAGGUGGUAGUAUUGAUUUAGUUUUACUGCAAAUUAACACAAAACACCGUGUCUUCACUUCUACCACUUUCAGUUACAAAGAGUGGAAUUGUCCAAUAAAGCACCCAUCGGGCUGACAGAGGAUUUCUUUCAGAAUUCCAAACUCAAAUAUUAGAACCAACCAAGUGCAGUUUGUCUCACUCCAUUCUACCUUUGUGUGACUUAAGCAACAGAAAAAAAGCAGUGCUUGGGAUAAAUCAUCUGGUCUAGUGUGGGAAAAGCGACAGUGAGUUUAAGCUUGGUAACGCAUAUCUGGAAUAAAUGGACAGCCCAUGUAGUGGCACUGAUUUGCCGUCCUGAUAGAAAGAGGCAGCUUGUUGCGUCCAGAACGACAAAGAAAGUGUUAACCAAGGAAUUUGUUUUUGUCAAUGUGAUAUACUUACUAACCCAUAAGCCACAAUGCAUUCUUCAGGAGUCAAUAUGCCAUGUAGACAUGAACUGUGCUGCAACUGUGAAUUACUGAUACGUUCUCAGGAAGGUCUGUAACUCUCAACUGCAGUGUUUUACUAUUAAUGACUGACAUGUAAUCCUGAGAAUUUACAAUUUUUUCAAAAGAAAAAAAAAUAAAGAAUUUAAUUUAUUUUCUUCA